CCUUACUUCUAGCAUCACGACAUCUCUCACCCUCUAUACCGCUCUAUGUCCGAUCAUCGAGACGAAUAUCGUAUCAACCAAGUUUCCGGUCACCUGCACGGUCAACACAAUCAGUGCAUGAGCGCACAAUAACCAUGUCGGGGCAGAGCGCGCCCAGCCCAGCGCCGCGGAGCGCCAGUACAGGGCCAAAUGGACCGCUGGCGACACCGACUUCUACAGCGAUGGUAAACGGAGUGGGUGGUGGAUCUGUGCCUGGACCGCCACCAGCCCCUGCAGCGGCCUCAGGUACCAGUGGUGCUGGUGGUAUGUCCCAGCAGAAUCUCAAUCAAAUAGUGAUCGACUAUCUCGCAAAGAAAGGCUACCACAGAACGGAGGCAACAUUACGAGCAGAAUCAGCGAACCAAGAAAUUCCCAAAGAUGGCGACAUAAAACCAGCCGCGCAGGGUCCUCCUCGAUACUACGAAAUGUUUACGCGUCUGAGAGCGUGGACCGACGAUGCACUUGACAUCUACAAGCCAGAAGUCAAGAGAUUGCUAUGGCCGAUCUUCGUCUACUCCUAUCUGGAUCUAGUGAAGCGAUUUUACCCUAAGGAGGCAGUGCGCUUCUAUCAGAAGUUUUCCGAAGACUUCAAAAAGGAGCACGAAUAUGAUUUACGAGGCAUUGAACACAUCACACUUCCCGAGCACAGCGAGGACAAAAUCGCGAAACUGUACCGUGACAACAAGUACAGACUAUCCAUCAGCAACUCAGCCUUUAUCUACUUUAUGCAAUUCCUCGAGAGUCUGCCACAGGUUGGAUAUAAGUUAUUCAUCGACAUUGUGGAGAAGAAUCUCGAUCUACGGCAAGUCGAACGCGCCGCAGAUGACCGCUUCAGCUUUGCGUCUGUGAUCCAGCGCGGCGCUGAGGGUCAGGAUAUGCCAGCUGAGGACGAGGGUAUCCCAGGACAUCGACCGGGCAAUGCCGUCUCCUCCACAGAUCCCAGUGUAGGCAACAAUCUCGCGACAUUGAAACUCGGCAAACUCCCAAUGGAGAAAGAUGCUGAAGAGGACGUUCGCGCGGAAUUGAUGGACCUUGACGCCCAAGUCCCGCCACACUCAGGCCAACAAAGUCUAGUCCAGACCCAUGAACAGGUCAACAUCAAGCAAGAGGACGAAGAUGAAGGACCCAGCCGCGCCGAAAUACCCUUUCCACCAUCCACCGCCCGCGAUGUCGCACUCGAAGUGCAAAAGAUCCGCGAAAACCGUGAUCGACUCAAGAUCGAAUCUCGAACAGGCGGCAUUGGCCCAGGCCUCAGCGUCGUCAUGUACACCUUCCACAACACCCACGACAGCAUAUGCUGUCUCGAUUUCUCGGGUGACCAGAAACUCGUGGCCGCCGGCUUUCAAGAAUCCUAUAUCCGCUUAUGGACCAUGGACGGCAGUGCACUCGGCCCCUCAGUCAACGGACAGCAGCAAAACUCCCAACGCCUGAUCGGGCAUGCCGGUCCUGUGUAUUCGGUCGCUUUUGCGCCAUCAUCGGACAAACCGACCACAGACUCUGCUGAUAUAGGCACGAAAUGGCUUUUGUCGUGCAGCGCCGACAGCACAAUUCGGCUGUGGAACCUCGAUGUCUUCAGCUGCGUGGUCGUGUACAAAGGGCACGUCGGGCCUGUAUGGUCCGUCUCCUGGGGUCCAUUCGGCCACUACUUUGCGAGUGCAGGCCACGACAAGACCGCGCGAGUCUGGCUGAGCGACCGGAUACGGCAAGUGCGUUUACUGGCUGGUCAUGAUGACGACGUCGAUGUGGUCGCCUGGCAUCCUAAUUCGAGCUAUGUAUUUACCGCAUCGUGCGACAAAACGGUGCGCAUGUGGGCGUUGAACAAUGGCAAUCCGGUACGAAUGUUCACCGGCCACACGUCGACCAUCACCGCGCUGGCGUGCAGUCGCAAUGGUAAGAUCCUCGCAUCUGCCGAUGACACUGGUGUGAUUCUGCUGUGGGACCUCGGCCCAGGAAGGCUGCUUAAGAAGAUGCGUGGGCAUGGCAAGGGUGGCAUCUGGUCGCUCAGCUGGAGCGCUGAGUCGACGGUUUUGGUGUCUGGUGGUGCAGAUGGUACGGUCCGCGCCUGGGAUGUGACUGGCCCUGCGAAGGAAGCGACACCGGCUGCCAAACCUGACGGAACGGGCGCGACGGUCGGUAAAGUCGACGGCGCGAAUAGUGCUGGUGGUGCUGGUACGAGUGCGCCGUCAUCGAACCUCAACUUGACGAGCGGUACGGCGGGCGGAGCACCAGGUGUUGGCGCUGCCGGUGUGCACAAGAAGCGAGGGAAAGACGCCGUCGUCACGAGUGAUCAGAUCAGCGCUUUCCUCACAAAGCAGAGUCCCGUCUACACGACCAAGUUUACGAAUAUGAAUUUGGUGAUUGCUGGUGGUGCAUAUUUGCCUGAGCAGGCAAAAUGAGAGAUGACACGUCCUGAGGAUGUGCCCAAAGACUGAGGAGGCGCCUUGGGCUGUGUGUAUCUCCUUGAGGCGUCACAAGACCAAUAUGUAUUAGCUAUGUUUUACUGCUGCUUCUCUGUGCCUAGUGUGGGAGUUGAUGGCAAAAGUGGCAUGGCAGGAUCCAGGUGGAGCGAACCGUUACACAGGUUUUGGAGGGUU